UUUUAAAUAGUUAAAUAAAUUCAUUUUAGAAACUAAACUUUAGUCAGUAAAGGGUGAUUUCUGCAAGAGCUUGAAAAUCCAAUUAAUAUCAACAUUAGUCAGAAUGCUAAUGCUACUUAAAUAGAAACUGGUUCUUAACCCAGUCUGUGAACUUGGAUUUUUAAUAUUUUGAUAACUAUUUCAAUAUAACUGAUUUCCUUUGUAGUCCAGUGUGUUUUUUGCAUUUAAAAACAAAGAAGGGUUACAAAGACUUCACCAAACUCAGAAAUCCAUGACUCAAGGUUUAAAAGGCCAUGAUUUUAAAUUUUGAAUCUGUAUAAAAAUAAAUGUCUUUUAAAAUGAGUCACUAGAGCUUGUUUUUAAUCUGUUAAUAGUUAGAAAUAUCACUAACUUUGAGUGCAACUACUGGUAUCCUAUACUAAAUUGAAUAUAACAGCUAACUUUGCUUACAUAACAAAGUACCAAUCUAAUUGAAAGUCUUAGCUGAUUAUUAUAGUCAUUAAAAUUCAGGUUAGCAUUUUGAAUUCAAUUAUUGAAUCCAGGAUUCUAGUUGACUUCACAAGAAGGUUUUUUUGUUGUCAUUGUUGUUAAAAGAUGAAGUUUGGAGUAAAUUUUAAGAGAACAAGGAAAAAAAACAUCUUCACAAACUGAGGAAAGAGUUUGUUAAGCUUAAUUUCUUGACUGAGCCAUUUUACUGUUACAACACCCACUUAAACUAAAUGGUUAAUGGCACAGAUAUGGUGUUAGUUUAUCAAUAAAAUUUUCCAAGUAUAUGUGUCACUUUUUUUAAUUUCAAAGUUUCUCAGUUCUUAAUGUUUGUUGUCAUCUAAGAAAAAAAUUUAAUAAUUAAACUGGUCUCUUCUGAUUCAGCAUGGGCAUUUUGAUACUAUAAUAUUUUCCAUUGUUUCUUAUCUCCUAAAAGCAUGGAAUAGUGAAAAGAAUGUUGGAACCCUCCUUGCCGCUAUCUGUGACUGACAAUUCACUUAACCUAAACAUCAACUCGUUCUUCAGUUAAGGAAGUUGAAAGUUUCAGUACACAUGCAUUAAGAUCAUUGAGGAAAACAGAACAGCAUUCUUCAGACUCUAGUUUUGACAAGAAUAUGGAAAUAUCAAGUGAUACAACUAAUGGAAGACAUUUUACAAGGCAGUUGGCCAGACAGCAGGCUGAUAAUAAAAAAAAUGAAGAUUGUAAAGAAGACAAAGUGAUUCCAGUUACUCGGUCAUUGAGGACUAGAAAUACUGUUCAAACUACAGAGCAUCUUCAUGAAGAGAAUGGUGAUGUAGAAGUUCGCCGAAGUUGUAGGAUCAGAAGUCGUUAUAGCACUGUGAAUCAGUCUGUACUGUUUGACAAACUUAUAACAAACACUGCUGAAGCUGUAUUGCAGAAAAUGGAUGAUAUGAAAAAGAUGCGCAGGCGUCGAAUGAUUGACUUGGAAGACUUGGGAGUAUUUAAUGAUGCUGAAGAAGAAAAUCUUGACAUGUACUCUAGAGGAAAGCAAAAAAAUGUUCAAAGAACUGAUGAAGAAACCACUGAUAAUCAGGAUGGCAGUGUAGAAUCUUCUGAAGAAGGUGAGGACCAAGAAGAUGAAGACGAAGACGAAGAUGAAGAUGGUGAUGGAGAAGAAGAUGAAGAUGGAGAAGAAGAUAAUCAAAAACGCUAUGAUCUUAGACAAAGGAAGACCGCUGUACAUUACCAGGCACCUUUGGAAAAACCUCGGCACCAGAGAAAACCUAACAUGUUUUAUAGUGGCCCAGCCUCUCCUGCAAGACGAAGAUACCGAUUUAGUUCUACAGGACCAAGAAGCCCUUACUGUAAAAGGAUGAACAGGCGAAGGCAUGCAAUCCAUAAUAGUGAUUCUACAUCUUCUUCCUCUUCUGAUGAUGAACAACAUUUUGAGAGGCGAAGAAAAAGAAGCAGAAAUAUAGCUAUUAGCAGAUGCCUUCCAUUGAACUUCAGGAAAGAUGAGUUAAAAGGAAUUCAUAAAGAUCGAAUGAAAAUUGGUGCAAGCUUGGCCGAUGUUGAUCCAAUGCAAAUUGAUUCUUCAGUACGAUUUGAUAGUGUUGGUGGGCUUUCAAUUCAUAUUGCAGCUCUUAAAGAGAUGGUGGUGUUUCCAUUGCUUUAUCCAGAAGUCUUUGAAAGAUUUAAAAUUCAGCCACCAAGGGGUUGUUUGUUCUAUGGCCCUCCUGGAACUGGAAAGACACUUGUUGCCCGGGCACUUGCCAAUGAAUGCAGUCAGGGUGAUAAAAGAGUGGCCUUUUUUAUGAGGAAAGGUGCUGAUUGUUUGAGUAAAUGGGUAGGCGAAUCCGAACGACAACUACGUUUGUUAUUUGAUCAGGCUUAUCAGAUGCGUCCUUCAAUUAUUUUCUUUGAUGAAAUUGAUGGUCUGGCUCCUGUUCGAUCAAGCAGACAAGAUCAAAUUCACAGUUCCAUUGUAUCUACCUUACUAGCACUUAUGGAUGGAUUGGAUAGUAGGGGAGAAAUUGUUGUAAUUGGAGCUACCAAUAGACUGGAUUCUAUAGAUCCUGCUUUACGAAGACCUGGCCGAUUUGACCGAGAAUUCUUUUUUACCUUACCUGAUAAAGAUGCUCGGAAAGAAAUUCUAAAGAUUCACACAAGAGAUUGGAAUCCUAAGCCAUUGGAUAUGUUCCUCGAAGAGCUUGCAGAAAAAUGUGUUGGAUACUGUGGUGCAGAUAUUAAGUCCAUAUGUUCUGAAGCUGCUCUCUGUGCUCUGCGUAGACGUUAUCCUCAGAUAUAUACAAGUAGUGAGAAACUACAAUUGGAUCUCUCAUCAAUUAAUAUCUCUGCUAAGGAUUUUGUAGUAGCAAUGCAAAAGAUAAUACCAGCCUCUCAAAGGGCUGUGACAUCCCCGGGACAGGCGCUAUCUGCUAUUGUGAAACCUCUCCUUGAAAGCACUGUUCAUAAGAUCUUAGGGGCCAUACAAAAAGUGUUUCCACAUGCAGAACUUGGAGCAAACAAAGGACCAAAGUCAGAUGUUCCUGGGCCUCUGCUAGAAAGUGACUUGGCAUAUAGUGAUGAUGAAGUUCUCUCGGUAUAUGAAAAUGGACUUCCACAGAAACCCUUCAAUAAAACAAAAGAAAAUGUUAAUUUCCUUCAUCUCAAUAGAAAUGCUUAUCACCAGCCUACAUCUUUUCGACCAAGAAUCUUGAUAGUAGGAGAGCCAGGAUUUGGGCAGAGUUCUCACUUGGCACCUGCUGUGAUUCAUGCUUUGGAAAAGUUUGCAGUAUAUACCUUGGACCUUCCUGUUCUUUUUGGAGUCAGUACCACAUCACCUGAGGAAACAUGUGCCCAGGUGAUUCGUGAAGCUAAGCGAACAGCCCCAAGUAUAGUGUAUGUUCCUCACAUCCACCUGUGGUGGGAAACAGUUGGAUUAACACUUAAAGCUACUUUUACUACAUUGUUACAGAAUAUUCCCUCAUUUGCUCCAGUUUUACUACUUGCAACUUCAGACAUACAACAUACUGCUCUUCCAGAAGAGGUACAAGAAUUAUUUAAAAGUGAUUAUGGGGAAGUUUUCAAUGUCCAAUUGCCUGGUGGUGAAGAAAGAACAAAAUUUUUUGAGGAUUUAAUUCUCAAUCAAGCUGCUAAGCCUCCUACAUCCAAAAAAAAAGCAGUUUUACAGGCACUGGAGGUCCUACCAAUAGCUCCACCACCUGAACCAAAGCCCUUGACAGCAGAGGAAGUAAAACGGCUUGAAGAACAAGAAGAGGAUACAUUUCGUGAACUUAGAAUUUUUUUAAGAAAUGUUACUCAUAGACUGGCUAUUGACAAACGCUUCAGAGUAUUUACCAAGCCUGUUGAUCCUGAUGAGGUUCCUGAUUAUGUCACUGUAAUAAAGCAGCCAAUGGACCUAUCAUUAGUUAUCAGUAAGAUUGAUCUCCAUAAAUAUCUGACUGUGAAGGACUACCUGAGAGAUAUUGAUCUCAUCUGUAGUAAUGCCUUAGAAUAUAAUCCCGAUAGAGAUCCUGGAGACCGACUUAUCAGACACAGAGCCUGUACUCUAAGAGAUACUGCCUAUGCAAUAAUUAAAGAAGAACUUGAUGAAGAUUUUGAACAGCUAUGUGAAGAAAUUCAGGAGUCUCGAAAAAAGAGAGGUUGCAGCUCUUCUAAAUAUGCACCAUCUUACUAUCAUGUGAUGCCAAAGCAGAGCACAACUUCUGUUGAUGGUAAAAGAUCUGACCCAGAACAAAAUGAAAAGCUGAAGAUGCUCAAUGCUCCUGUGGCCUGUAGUACUCCUUCACUUUAUAGUGCUCCAUCAAAGAAAAAGAUUCGAAGAAAAAGUAAAUGGUACUUUGGCACCAUAAAAAAAAGAAGGAAGAUUUCUCAAGCCAAAGAAGAUAGCAGAAAUACAGAAGAUGACAAAAAUGAGAGUGAUGGAGAUCAAGAAAAUCAUGAUACCAGUAUAGACCAUAAUGAGGCUGAAGUCACAGGAGAGUCUUCAAUGGAAGAAAAUGAAAAGCAGCAAAAUGGUUCUGAAAAUAAAACUGAGACGGAAAAUAAAAGUAUUUGUGUUGCUUGUGAUAAUGUUGUGAAUGAACCUGAAAAGGAAACUAAAAAGACUACAAUGAAUGCAGACUUAAGAAAAGAAAAGAUAACUUGCAAUGGAGAACUUUCUAAUUGUCAAGUAACAGAAUGUUCUGAAGAUGUUGAGGCAAAGGAAACCUGUGUUCUUAGGAUGACUCGAGCCAGACGUUCCCAAGUUGAGCAACAGCAGCUCAUCAGUGUGGAGAAGGCUUUGGCAAUCCUUUCUGAACCCACGCCCCCACUUAUUGUGGACCAUGAACAACUUAAGAAUCUUUUGAAGAUUACAAUUAAGAAAAGUCAAGAGUACAAUAUAUUUCAGUUGGAAAAAUUAUAUGCAAUAAUUAGUCAAUGUAUUUAUCAACAUCGCAAAGACUAUGACAAGACACAACUAAUGCAGCUCUGUGACACUAGGCAAGAUUUAAACUUUCUCAACAUGUUACCUCAUUUGAAAACUGAAGGGUUUACACUGGAUAAUCUGCAAGUUGUUUUGUCUCUAAAAUUACUUGAAGAAGGUCAAGAAUAAAAGACAUUUAAGCACAAGAGUUGAAGUCAGAAAAAUGGAGCAAGAAAUCAAAAACUUUAGUUGUUCCAAAUCAUGAAGUUGUGAGAUUCAGCUUUCUUCAAUGACAUCUUUUUUUGUUCACUUUUGUUAUCUCUGCAUAGCUAGUGCGAAAUUGAAUUUCCACAUAUUUAAGAUAUAUUGUUAUUAAAAUACUGCUAAAUAAAGUAUUUAAAACUGUUUUUAAUUUUGUAUGUGUGAGGUGGAUGUUUAAAAGUUGAUUUUGGUAGUUAUUCAGUCUGAAUCACAGCAAGACUGUUGAAUAUUUAAUAUUGCAACAUUUAAACUCAAAGUACUCUGCAGGUCUAUUAAAGUUUUUGAUAAGUUUAGUUCUUUGUCAAAGACCAUUAAUUGUUCAUUAGGUUUUUGACCCUUUUGUCAUAAGGCUUAAUUGAAGGUGGAAACGUAUUAAUAACAAAUCUGUUAAAUGUAGUUAAAAUUUUCCCUCAGACUUACAUUUGAUUCUGAUAAUUUUGUCCUUUCUUUUCUUUUUCUUAACGGGGUAAUUAAAUAGACCUCAUGACCUAUCAUUGACUUCCGUUCCUUCACUUUUUAGUCCAGUUUUUUUUGUUUAUUGUUUGUCUGUUUUUGUUCCCUUUAUCUAAUUUUCUGCAUUCUGUUACUUUCUUUUACCUUGCCUGCCUCAUUACCCAAGAACUAAUGUUCAAGUUUAGGAUUAGUAGUAAAGCUCUGAACAUGCAGCAAAAAAAUGUUACAACAAUUUAAAACUUGAACACUAAAAUUAAGAUAUUUGUAAAAUAUGCAUUUUCAUAAUUCUAAUUUAGAUUUUAUAAAUAUCCAUGUUUACAUUUUCUUAUGUAACUUUCAUAUUUUUUGAGUUAACUGCAUUUUUGAUGUUUUUAAAAAAAACAUGAGAAUUAGAUUUGAAAUCUAAGCCUUGUGCCCUUCAAAAUUUGUGUUGAAAUGUCAUCAUAUAAAGUUACUUUGUUGUAUACAGUUGUAUAAAUGUUAUACAUUUUGAUAUUUUGUAUUAAUACCAAAAAUAAAUAUCCUGGGCAUCUUUUAAAUGGUUAAAACAUUUACUACAAUGCAUAUUCACUUUUUGAAAAUGUUAAACCCCCAAAGUUAAUUCUGGGAGGAGCUUUAAAAUUUUUCUGAUUAGUGUGGGUAUUUUUGUGAAGAUAGGGAAAUUAAGUUUUAGUAAAGCUAUUAUUUGGACUUUAGUCACUCUUUAUGUAAUGGUCAAUGUUAUACUGCCUUUCAUUCCUUUAGCUAUCAUAUGUGAACUACCUGGUGACCAGUUUAUCACCUUUAUAUUAGUUGUUACUGCCUUAAGUAUUUAUAUAAUCAACUUUAAGCAGUACUAUACACCUGAAAAAGUUUUUAAAAAAAAAAAAAUAUGUAUGUACCUGGAUAUAAAUAUUUUGCUUGUACUGAAAUUUUAUAUAUAAAUUAUUAUUUUUCCAGGUACAUAUUUUGUAACUUUAGCACUUCAUUUUUAUGUAUAGUUUACAUAAUAAAUUUUGCAAGUUGAAAA